GUUGGGCAACUGAAGCGUUUCUGUGCUCCAUUUCAAAUGACUUUCAAAGUGUUCUGCUCAGCGUUCUAGCCACCUGUCGUGAGAAACUGUCAGCCUCAUCAUUUUCGGUGAUGGUUUCACUUGCUAUUGUUUAUUUCUUUCCUGUAUCCUUAAUAAGCCUAAAUAGUUGCCGGGUGUUACCUGACGCUAAUGCCUUCUCCACCUCUCUCGCUUUCGCCAGCCACCACUGCUAGUGUUCGUUGUGGAGACCCUUGGUCAGUUUGUGUUUGAGCUGCUUUCGCUCUUCAUUGUGGCGGAGCCAGCUAGAAUGAGUCUUCUCGCAUCCGUCAUUUCUGAUGAGGUUGCAGAAAUCCAUUGGCGUUUGGUAGCUUUGGAAUUAGGUUACGAACUGUUCUUGCCGCUGUUUCUACUGUCUACUUAAUAUUGCGCCAUGUUUCCUCAGGAUGAGCAAUGCUGUCAGUUCAGAUAGAUGCUUAACUAUCUCUACCUAACUACGUAUUUGGUGUUCUUAUCUUCUUAUCGAGCAUAGAAAGGCUUUAUUGCUACCUGUUUUCUGUGAGCAGUGAUGCGCAGAUACACAUGUGUCCGAACAUAGUGUAUCUGUGUCCAUUUUUGGUUUGAUUUCGGCGGACGCCAUGUGAAAUAGUGUGUCUCUCCGUAUGCUUGAAGUUAGUGCUGUGGACCAUUACUCUAGGUGACUGACUUCCAACUCGAGAGUUACUGGUUCGAACUGCACUCUACCUGUCAAUGUUUGGGCAGUCGAGUAGUAUCAUUAGCCGUCACACAAUAGGUGUGGUUCGUUGCCUACUACAUGAAUGUGCACAAUAUUUCUAGUUCAUUUCGCUAAGGGACAAUGUGAAUGGUUCUGGUCGGAGAUCAUAGGUAUUGUUAUUCACCAAGCAGGAUGAUUUUGCAACGCUGUUUGCGUUGCUUUCAGUUGAAAUAUUCGUGAGUUCUGAAGGAGAGAGAGGGAGAUGUGCUGUCAUUUGUGGUUCAGCAACCAGCUCAGUGAUGAGGCUAAGGUGGGGUUUUCUUUGUAAAUGGACAGUAGGACAUCUAAAAUCAAAUUAUUUCAUGAAUACAUUCCCUAGAUCAAUUUCGUUCACCCGUGCAUUCGGUAUUUCUGUUCGAUGCCAAAGUAUUGCCAGUUCUACAAAAAAGCAAGCUAAACAUAAGAUUGUCAUUGUGGGUGGUGGUUCAGGUGGUUGUGCAAUGGCCAAUCGUUUAUGUAGUCAUGUGGACAUGGAUCAAGUUGCUGUUAUUGAGCCAUCUACGACUCAUUACUAUCAACCAUUAUUCACUCUAGUUGGUGCUGGAAUUAAACCGCUAAAAGAAGCGCAUCGUCCUCUUCAAGAAGUUUUAACGCAAAAGGCGAAGUUGUAUCAAGAUAGAGUCACGCACAUUGAACCAAAAGACUCAUAUGUUGUACUUUCGAAUGGGGAUAAAAUAUCAUACGACUACCUCAUUCUGGCUCUUGGAAUGGAUUUACGUUUUGAUAAGAUCAUUGGAGCUGAAAAAGCUCUGAAAACUGACCCUCGUGUAUGUUCAAACUAUUCUGUUGACUAUGUGGAAAAAACUUUGAGAGCAUAUCAGAAUUUCAAAGGAGGUAAUGCUGUGUUUACACUCCCAGCUGGACCAAUUAAAUGUGCUGGUGCUCCACAAAAGGUUAUGUACCUAUUUGAAGAUUAUCUCAAGCGAUUUGGAAAGAAUAUUCCAGCUGAUAUUCAUUAUUUCACGGCUACAAAUAAGAUGUUCUCAGUUGACAAAUAUUCCAAAUCUCUUACGGAAAUUUGUAAAAAGCGCAAAAUAUGUUGCAAUUUGUCACAUAAUCUGGUUGAAGUAAAUCCACAAACCAGUGAAGCUGUAUUCGAAGAUAUGGAAAAAAAUAAACUUGUACACGUUAAGUAUGACCUGUUACAUAUCACGCCUCCAAUGAGUUGUCCUGAGGUCCUUGUGAAAACACCAAAUUUAACCGAUCCGAAUGCAAGUGAUUAUGUGAAUGUGGAUAUUAAAACACUGAGACAUAAACACUAUGAUAAUAUAUUUGCAAUUGGUGACUGUGCAGCUUUGCCGACAUCGAAAACAGCUGCAGCUGUAGCUGGUCAAGUGGGUGUGUUGGAAAAGAAUCUGUGUGAUGUUAUGAAGGGUGGUAAAGGUAAUGUUGCUGAAGUAAGUAUAUAUUUAGAAAUAAUUUCAAGCACAUAUCAUGAUAAUUCUUUCGUCCAUUCGAAUUUUGGUGUUGAUCCAGAUGUUUUAAGCGUGGGAAAUCAUUGUGGUACUGCUUAAUUAUGAGUUUAAGUAUAGGUAUGGGUUAUACUCAGGUGCUUCACCACUUUAAAGAAGAAUCUAUUCAAUUCACUUCCUAAGUAAUCGAUUAUUUCUUAUAUAUUUAUCAGUGUGCUCUAACUACAAUAUCUACGAUGUGCUUACUUUAUGCUCUGAGUUAUUUAUACACUGUAUGUAGAUGUAUGUAGGAACUGUAGGAAUAGGUUUGUUUGGAUUUCUUUACUGUAAUUUUCGGAUGCGAAAAAGACGAAACGUAUCAGUCGGUAAAAUAUUUGGCGUUGAUAAAAGGAAGUGGGUUAGGUUAGAUUUAUCUUUAAAUGCCAGUAAACUACAGACUGAUGGGUUGAUACAUCUUGACUACCCACACUGUGGAGAGUGAAUUUUCUGUUUAGUGUAUUUACCACAGGAAGUGGAUUAGUGAGGAUUAUCCUAUUGACUUGAUUGUGUUACCAUGAAAUUCGAAUGGCGUCUGUUUAAUGUUGGUUAAACAUGGUAUUUUUAGAUGCUUUUGAAUUUCAGUUAAUUGCCUAUUACAUCUAUAGUUCUCAAGAAACCCUUUUCACGGUAAUCAGAAGAUAGGUGAUGAAGGCAGAUAAGGGUAUGCCAAUUUCAGGCGUUAUCUUCUUUGCUCCUUCUUUCAAUAAAAUGGAGACAUUAUCAAUUUGUAAUGUAGAUUAUCCUCGAGAAGUGCCUUGUUACUACAUGUUCAGCUGGUAGUUUCUUUACUUUAUUUUAACAGUAUAGAGGACUGUUUUGUUUCGAAUAUUGUUCGUGAAUUUCUUUGUUUUUGCAGAUGGUUGAGAUUCUGAGCGGUGUUUAUUUACAGAAUCUAUUGUAUCCUUUUCGAGUAAUACUUAGAUAGUUUGUGUUCAGCAGUAGUUAACGGUUGAUUGAACGAAGUGCAUUCGUUAUUGCUUGAUGUGAGCUGUGGCAACUCGGACCGUUAUGCAGUGAUGCCUGGUCCUAUGUUGAUAUUGAUGAUGAUGAUUUCUUCUUACUUAUAAUCGAUCAUUCGGAUUUAUCUGUGUCUUGACACUACUACUUAGGUUGGAAACUCAGCGACCAAGUUGAUAACAGCCAAGUGUUUGAAAUGAUAGAUAGUGAGUUCAAGUUCUGGUGUAGACCCGACGAGAGCUGCUAAUUUGAUGUGGUCGUCAAACGUGUAUAUCCCAAUAUCCCAGUGGGCGAUAAUGGUAGAGCUUUAGUUUCUUUGAGGUCCUACCAUACGAGUAAGGUAUGUUUGGUAGUGGUAAGAGAAGAACGGGUCCCCGUUAUGUGAUGCAAGUAGUCACGCUAUGAUGGUGGUAGAAGUGCGAAGUUGUACUACUGACUGGAUGGUUCCGUGACAGCAUUACUGUUUCCUGUGUAUGACCAGCAGUAGUAUGCUGAUGCUGUUUACUCCAUGGUAAGUAGGGGUGAGGAAAGGUCGAGUACAGAAAUGGCGGUCUUCGGUGCCGGCCAUAUGGGUUGAGUAAUAAUAAAAUGGCUGUGAUAUGCUUGUUUGGCUUUCUCCACUGUAAGCAGUUUAUGAUGUAUACAUUAUAUCUGGUUAUCUACGAAGUCUUGAGUGUACUUUGCUACAGUUUGCUGUGUUCUACUAUAUGACCGUUAAAGUGAAAGAGUUCAAGUCUAUUUCAUCCUAAUUGUCAUGUUACAUUUUUUUGUUUUGCUUACACGACUGUCUUCUACUUUUGAUUACUUCCUUUCUCAUUUAUCAAUGUUUCACCUUGAGGCCUUGAAAAAUGUGUUACGCAUUCCUAGUGGCCGUUCACCGGAUUGCACAAUGUUAACCGAAAUAGGUUUAGGCUGGGAAAGAUUUAGAGGCUGUCGGAUUAAGAGCUGGUGUCAGUCGAUGAAGUGUCUGACUGUUGGUCUAAGCCUUGUGGUGAACUGUGGACUUCCGUGUCGGGGCUCAGGUGACCAGGGAAACCAGUGGUUAGAAACUCAGAUGGCUCAGAUGUAUUCGCAUGUCAUCCUCAUCUUAAUCGUUACACUGGAUUUUAUUAUUGUCUCAUUUCUCCUUGCAUUCUUUCGGUAAUUUUCUGCCAGCUUUUAGUGCUUUCUUUCCUACUUGUUUACUGGUCAUCUUGGCGGGUUCUCGCUUGAUGUAUUGACAUGAGGUGUGGCAACUUGGACCACUACGCAAUAGUGUCAGGUCCUAUGUUGCUUUAUGUCUGUCUAUCUCAACAGGGUAGCUCAACAGAGUAGGUUGAAGAGAUUUAUUGUAUGAAAUGCAGAAUGUGAGUGCCAUUGACAGUGGCUCGCAAUGGCGAUCAAGUAGUGAUGAGAUUGAUGUCAAAGCGUCGUUGCAAGAAAUCCUCAUUCAAAGAAAGUUUGAUCGUUGAUUUCCGUCAAUCCAACAGUGAAAAAUUCAAAGUUUCAGUAACAAGGUUGAUCAGCCUACGGUGUUGUGUUCCAGUUUGUUAAUUCAUAUAGUGAAUAGUGUAGACAAAAUGGUCACUAUUUUCUUAUAUUUCAUCUUGGUGUUUACCUACCAACCGGUUAUAUUCAGCCAUUGGAUCUCAUAACAGUUGAGUUUACUUUAUUCAGAGUAAACGUUGUAGAUGGUUUUGCUUCUGUUGGUUAUCUGAGUGAGUAGAAUUUAUUUAGAUUCCAAUAGCUGAAGUCACUUAACUUUGUGCAGUGAAUUUUUCCGAGUACAGUAUUGUUGAAUCUAAUUGUGAAGGUGCUAAAUUAUUUUUCGCUUUAAUACAUAUUGAAGAAACAGAAGACAACUCGACGAGAGAAUGUUUAUUACGAAUAAUUGGAAUGGUAGUGGUUACAUAUGGUACUGCUUGCACUAACGCAGCCAUUUGCAAAUGGCUUCGUUUCCUCUCCGUUCCUGUCUUGAUUUGCUCUUGACCGGCUCUUCAUACACUCUUAUCAGCAGCAUCCCCUGUAAUACGCCUGUGUUGUCCCCUGCGUUGCUCUUAGUAGAAAUCUUACCCAUUGCCGGUAAUUCCUAUGAUUCCUACCACCCUCUCCAUAUAUACUACUUAUAUCCGUUGUUGUUAGCAACGCCUACUACAAUACUUGAUCUGGCUAACAAUAAAAUUUACAGAUCAGGCUGAAUGGAUAGUCGCUGACUAAUCAUGCUGUUCACUAGCAUAUUUCAUCCGGAAUUUACUGAUUCCUAUCUAUGCAAAUUCAUUUAUUCACUCAUUCAUUCAUUUUCUUUUUGUUUAGUAUGAUGGGCAUACUGCUUGCCCACUAGUUACAGGAUAUAAUCGAGGUAUAAUAGCUGAGUUUGAUUAUUCACUCCAACCACUGGAGACGCUUCCCACUGAUCAAAGUAGAGAACGUUAUUUGUUUUACUUUAUGAACACCUUUGUCUUUCCACCUCUCUAUUGGGAUUGGUUCACGAAAGGAUACUGGUCUGGUCCGAAAUUCAUUCGCGAUAUCCUACAUUUGAGAAGCCCUUGGUAUUCAAAGCCACAGGAAUGAUUCUACCGAAAUCCAAGUAUUAUCAACUUUCUUGAUGACUGCAAAUUUAAGUGUUCGAAUUUUUAGUCGACUAUUAGUGUUUAUUCGAAUAUCAAGUUACUUCCCAUUAUGUAAGGUGUAACGGUGGACGGCGUUACAUACAACAGUAAUAUCAUCCUGAUAACCCUCCUUGUUUACGCCUUCCUAUAUUGCGCAUCCUUUUGUACUUAUUAUGUCUUGUAUUGUGCAUUAGUUUUUCCGCCUGUUCAUCGUUAAAUUAUUUUCAUUCGAUUAAAGUUAUGUUUCCUAAACAUUAGGUAUAGAUAAACUUUUAUUACUGAACUACUUUUGUUGCCUUCAUGCCUCAUUGUACUACACACUGUCGACAUCACUGUGGGAAGCUCUCCUGUGUUGACUUGUGCGUGUUUACGACCUCUAAGUGCUUUCAACAGCAUAUUGUGUCGCUCAGUUUUGUUUUACGACGUUUUCUAUUCAUUCUGUGUGGAACUUGCAGUCCAGUGUUACGUAUCCCUGUGCAACAAGUGUAGUGAUAGUGGUUUCCCGUGCAGUAAAUAAAGACGUGUAUAUUUUG